UUUGUCCACCUAUUUAGUACAGCAAUAGCCGUCUAGAAGUAAGCAUCGAAAUAAAAGUUAGUGACUACUGAAAAAAGUUUUAUUUACGCCAUGGGUUGGUCACCGCUGAUGAUAAGGUAUCUGGCAUUCCUCUUCAAUUUUCUUUGUGCGGUCCUGGGUAUCGCCACCAUUGUGGUCAAUGUAAUAGCAAUCGAUCAAAUAGCCGCAAAGGACCAACUCAUUCUGGGAUUGUACAUCGCCGUUGGGUCCAUUGUGUUCUUGCUCUCGUUUUAUGGUUGUUAUGGGGCCAUUAAGGAGAGCAUUUGUGUUACCUGGGCGUACGCCACCUCGAUGCUGGUAAUGCUGAUCGUCUCAAUAGUCAUGCUUUUUGUCUUCCGCAUGCAUUUUGAAGAAGACUCCAUUACCAAACUGAAACAAGCAUUUGCCAAGCAGACAAAUACCUACGAUGCAAUGGCCGAGUACCAGACACAAUAUCAAUGCUGUGGCAUAUACAAAUUAAAGGACUAUGGAGACGCCUCUAUAACUGUUCCCAGUAGCUGUUAUGACCAAAACGAUUCGCCCUACAAAGACGGUUGUCUGGCCAAAAUGGAGACCCAGUACGAGGAGCUUCUGAAGGGUCCCAAGAUAGUUGGUUGGAUGCUGAUGGUCAUUGAGAUUGGUGCCUUCACUUUCGCCACUAUUAUGGGAGUGUCUUUAAGGAACGAACUACGGCGCUCUGCGUACUGAACAAUCGCAUGACUUAUAGUAUUUAUAAGAUAUAAAAGUUCUUGUAUAUAUGUACAUACACACUUGUCAAUCGAAUGUAUCGGUUCACUCUUUUGAUACCUCAAAUAUA